AGGUGGAGGAACGUAAAUGCGGAAGUGAAAAGAAGCGGAAAGGAUUAAAAACUUUAAAUCAACGAACAACGGGAAGAAGAAUCAUCUGUGUUUCCUUCACAUUCAGGUAACAACCUUGUUUCCUUCACAUUCAGGUAACAACCUUGUUUCCUUCACAUCCAGGUAACGACCUUGUUUCCUUCACAUCCAGGAAACAUCUGGAACAUCUGUGUCCUCCUCCAGGUUCGCGAUGGGCCUCUGUGACGGCCUCUCUCACUGUAAAGUGGCUCUGGCCUGGGCCGUGCUGAUGGACUUACUGGGUGGAGCCGCUCUGCUGGUGGGAGUCUUCGCCCACCUGGAAAUCAACGGACAGGACUUCGGAGACUUACUGGUUUAUACUGGAGCGCUGCUGGUGCUCAUGUCUCUGGCCGGCUGGGUGCUGUGGUACAGCGGGAACAUCGACGGCCUGACGUCCAAGAAGGAGCUGGGACACAUCGGCAGCGCGGUGGACCGACUCGCUCGCAACCUCAGCCGCAAGAUCCGCAUCUACCGGGGCCACCGCUGAGCCCGGGCAUGGAUACAUCUCAUUUUAAACCCUCGAGUGUUGGAUUCCAGUGUUCGUCAGUAUUAAGAUGAGAAACAGAGCCGGAAUCAAACUGUGUUACAAGCUGGUCACAAACAUUUAACCUGUAAACGUGUUGUUCUGUUACAAAAUCCCUGAAUGUUCUUUAGUGUUUGAACGAGACUGAAUCUCAGCAUCAUGGAUUUCAAUAAAAGCUUUUUA